GAAGAAAAGGAUGCAAUUAAAGGGCAAUAUGAAAAGCUCUUGGAUGCUUAUGGCUGCUUAGGGGAACUUCAGCUUAAAUGCGGUAACAGUCGGCUGCACUUUCUGGUCCUGGUGACAGGCUGUACAUCGGUGGGAAAAAUCCUGGACGCUGAAGUUUACAAAAUUACUGCAACAGAUUUCUGUCCUCUCCAGGAAGAAACCAAGGAAGAGGAGCGUGUUACGGCCUUGAAGAAAAUAUUGAACUCUGGGAUGUUCUAUUUCUCCUGGCCUAAUGCAGGCUCAAACUUUGACUUGACUGUCCGGGCUCAGAAGCAGGGUGAUAACCACUAUGAAUCCGGUAACUCGUUCUUCUGGAACCAGCUGCUGCAUGUGCCCUUCAAACACUACCAGGUGAAUUGCUCUGACUGGUUGCUGAAAGUGAUCUGUGGUGUCGUGGACAUUCGCACUGUUUAUGCUUCUCACCAGAAGGCAAAAGCCUGCCUCAUAUCUCGGAUCAGUUGUGAGCGAGCUGGUGCUCGGUUUCACAUUCGAGGCGUCAAUGAUGACGGGCACGUGUCUAACUUCGUUGAGACAGAGCAGACAAUUUACUUGGACGAUGAUGUCUCUUCCUUUGUGCAGAUCAGAGGCUCUGUUCCACUCUUUUGGGAGCAACCGGGGCUUCAGGUGGGUUCUCAUCAUCUAAGGCUUAACAGAGGUCUGGAAGCUAACGCUCCUGCAUUUGACAGGCAUAUGAUGCUUCUGAAAGAGCAGUAUGGAAAACAAGUGAUCGUUAACCUGUUGGGAAGCAGAGGAGGAGAGGAGGUGCUCAACAGAGCCUUCAAGAAAUUGCUAUGGGCCUCUUCCCAUGCAGAAGACACUCCUAUGAUAAACUUUGACUACCACCAGUUUGCCAAAGGUGGGAAAGCUGAAAAGCUGGAAAACUUACUGAGGCCUCAACUGAAGUUGCACUGGGAAGACUUUGGAAUCUUCACGAAGGGCAAGAAUGUAAAUCCACGUCUGCAGACAGGUACUUUUCGAAUGAAUUGUUUGGACUGCCUGGAUCGUACUAAUAGUGUACAGUCCUUCAUUGCACUAGAGAUCCUGCUUGCUCAGUUGGAAAGCCUUAGGCUGAACUCUAAAUCUAUAGUUGAGCGCUUUGUGGAAUCCUACAAAGCAAUGUGGACUCUCAACGGUCAUAAUCUGAGCAGAGUAUUUACUGGCAGUCGUGCCCUCGAGGGGAAGCACAAGGUUGGGAAACUCAAGGAUGGAGCCCGUUCUGUGUCGCGCACGAUUCAGUCAAAUUUUUUUGAUGCAGUAAAGCAGGAAGCCAUCAAUUUGCUGCUCAUGGGUGACUUCUUCAGUGAGGAAUAUGCAGACAAAGGCAAGAUGCUCAUGGACCACACUGCUCUGCUAGUAACUCCAAGUAUUUUGAAGGCCAUGUCAGAGCGUCAAUUUGAAUUCACAAGCUUCAAGCGUAUUCGUGUUGCCAUGGGGACCUGGAACGUGAACGGAGGCAAGCAGUUUCGAAGCAACAUCCUAGGUACCAGCGAGCUAACAGACUGGCUGCUGGAUUCUCCUAAGCUCUCUGGAGUUUCUGAAUUUCAGGAUGAUGAGAACUGCCCUCCUGACAUAUUUGCAGUGGGAUUUGAAGAGAUGGUUGAACUAAGCGCAGGGAAUAUUGUAAAUGCCAGCACAACAAAUAGAAAGAUGUGGGGAGAGCAGCUUCAAAAAGCUAUUUCAAGGACUCAUCGCUACAUUCAGCUGACAUCAGCACAGCUCGUUGGUGUUUGUCUUUUCAUCUUUGUUCGGCCUUAUCAUGUCCCCUUCAUCAGGGAUGUAGCAAUAGACACAGUGAAGACAGGAAUGGGAGGAAAAGCUGGAAAUAAAGGGGCAGUGAGCAUCCGUUUUCAGUUCCAUAGUACCAGUUUCUGCUUUAUAUGCAGUCACUUAACAGCUGGGCAAACCCAGGUGAAAGAGAGGAAUGAAGAUUAUAAAGAAAUCACACAGAAACUCAGCUUCCCAAUGGGGCAGAACGUGUUCUCACAUGACUAUGUCUUCUGGUGUGGCGAUUUUAACUAUCGUAUCGACCUAACGUAUGAGGAAGUCUUUUAUUUUCUGAAACGGCAAGAUUGGAAAACACUUCUGGAAUUUGAUCAACUACAGCAGCAAAAAUCCAGUGGAAAAAUUUUUAAAGACUUUCAUGAAGGGACUAUUAAUUUUGGACCAACAUAUAAAUAUGAUGUUGGCUCAGAGGCUUACGAUACCAGUGAUAAGUGCAGAACCCCAGCCUGGACUGACCGAGUGCUUUGGUGGAGAAAAAAACUUCCAUUUGAAAAAACAGCUGGAGAGAUGAAUCUUCUAGACAGUGACCUGAAUGCUGAAACUAAAGUGAGGCACACUUGGACUCCUGGAGCCCUGAUGUACUAUGGAAGAGCAGAGCUGCAGGCGUCUGACCACAGACCUGUGUUAGCUAUUGUAGAAGUAGAGGUUCAGGAAGUCAAUGAAGCUGCCCGUGAGAGUGUUUUCCAGGAAGUGUCAUCUUUCCAGGGACCACUGGAUGCCACAGUAGUGGUAAAUCUGCUGUCACCCAUGCCUGAAGAGAAAAAUGAAUUUCCCGAGGACCUGCGUACAGAGCUUAUGCAAAUGUUUGAGCAUUAUGGCACUGUUGUUCUGGUCAGGAUCUGUGGAGGUCAAAUGCUGGUGACAUUUGCAGACAGCAAGUCAGCUCUUCGCGUUAUGGAUAUAGACGGUAUCAAGGUCAGAGGCAGAACAGUGAAGAUCCGUCCCAAGACGAAGGACUGGCUGAAGGGCCUUCAGGAGGAAAUUGCUCGAAAAAGGGACAGCUUUGCCCCCAAGUCACCCACAGCAAACUCCUGUCUGCUAGAAGAAAAUUUUGACUUCUCAAGUUUGGACUAUGACUCAGAAGGUGAUAUAGUGGAGGAUGAGGAUGACUACUUAGAUGAUGCUUUGUGUCAGCACCUAGUAGCCGACAUAACAGAUGAUUUGCCUGAGCGCUCUGGACAUUUUCCAUCCAUAGCACUUUCAAACAAAUCUCCAUUGCUUACUGGACAAAACCCACAGCAGUGUAAAGAUGACACAGACCUGGCUGAUUUGAAGCGGGAGCUGGAAGCAAGCAGGGAAUGCCACCGGCGGUCUCCAAGCAGAUCUCUGUCCGUUCCCAACAGACCUCGGCCGCUCCAUCCUCCGCAGAGGCCUCCCCCUCCUGCUGGAACAUCAGGCAAAAACUCCCCUUCAGAUGAUUCCCUCCCUCCAGGAAGCCAGCCUGCCUGCUCCAUCCUGGCAACGGCAAAGCUGCUACCCGGAGCCCCUCAGCAACCACCUAAAGUCCGGACUGGAAUAAGUAAACCUUAUAAUGUCAAGCAGAUCAAAACCACCACAGCUGAGGAAGCAGAAGAAGCUAUUAGAUGUCUUAUGGAAGCUAAAGGAGGAUUACAGGAAGAUGCACUAAAGCCUGCUCCAGCCAGAAACCAAAUGUUCACUAAAUCUGAAGCUCUUCCCAGCAUCACAAAGUCACUAUCCUUUCAAGGGUCGCAGGUAGGACCAGUGCUUGUGCCCCAUCGCCCGCCACCCAAAGUUCCAACUACAAAGAAGCCAGUACCCCUGCAAAGGACCGGAGUCAAGGUGGAAAACGCCAUGUCUACAGAAGAGCAGUCUGACCAACAGACAAUGCAUUCUCCUUUUGGCUUGCCAGAGCCCUGUCCAGAAGCCGGAGCUAUUCUUAGUCCCACAAGGAUUACUCCAGUCCCUAAACCCAGAACAUCACAGCCUGGGAAGUCUCAGGAGAGCAGAGGGAGCAGUGAAAGGCAGCCCCUGUCACCCAGUGUGGCUGAGGCCAGUGCGCUGCCGCCCCAGAAUACUUCCUUUGCCCCAAAGGUGCCACCACGAAGGAAAAAGUCAGCUCCUGCAGCUCUUCAUCUGCAAGUUCUCCAGAGCAGUGACAACCCGCUCUUUAGAGGGUUAAUGUUCAGCUCCAACAAGAACAACAAUGCUGGGCUCCACCCCCAGACUCAGGACUCUCAUGUCCUUUGUGUUUCCCCACCACAGUCUACUGUCUUAGCUCCGACAUCCUCUGCCAGCCCAGAGAACAACACAGCUAAGCAGUUGGCUCAAAAUGCCUCCGACUUGAUUGCUAACCUUCAGGGCCCUCCUGUACCUGAGGACCAGCGCCCACAGCCCUCGGAUACCAGCUCUUUUGCAGAGAACACCAAUCUUUUGGACCUGGACACAGAUUUUUCCUGCCCUCUUUCCAUACAGGCAGCAUCAGCUGCUUCUCCAGCACGCACUCCAGAAGAUUUAAAAGUCCUCAGCUCAAAAGAUUUCAGUCACUGGGUUACAUUUAGUGAUGAUGAAGACAAUGGUGCCCUGUCAGAGGGGUUCAACAAACUGCUCGUCUUAGAACAAAACAAAAAUACGUUGAUGAACACAAAUGCUAAUUUAGAAUUGUAAAAUUUGUCUCCUUAGUUUUCCUGUAGAAAUCAUAAUUAGGGUGCAAAUUAAAAUAUAUCUUUUGCACAAAGAUCUGUAUUUCAGGAAAAGUAUCUCCAGGUAACACUACAUUUCAUUUUCAUGUUUAAAGACAAAGGUGCUGCCCCUGGAGGGAAGUGUACUGAGUAUGUACAAUCUAACACUGUCGACAGCUUGUUUGAAAAGUUCUUUAUUUUAAAUUAUUUCUUUUUAUUAAUCUAUCUUAAUGUUUUGUUUCAGGUACAAAUCAUAUGUAAGAGCAUGUAAUGUAUGGGGAAAAAAACCUUAAGAAAAACAUUUGCCUAUGCAAAUUGCAUCUCAACCACUUUCUGUCAUUUAAAAUAAAGCACCCUUAUCUUAAAUAGUUAGAUUGCUGUAGUUAUUCUGGAACAAAUGCCCCUAAGAGGAAUAUACGCCAGUGUAACUACAGCAGUAUCAUCAGUAAGUUCCCACUGUGGAAAUAGACAAGUUGUCUUUCUUUUAACUCUUAACUUAGCUGCAGGCCUGAAGAUCCCUGCUAUUUAUGCUGUUAAACUGUCAUCCCAGUCUAUGAAGUAAAAUAAAAGGUGUGUGUUGUGAGGAGGAUGUAAAGCAGCAGCACUAGGAAUUGGCUAUUGCCCAUUUUGUAAGAAAUACCUGUUUUUACUCCAGACCAGGCAAGGAUUACAACCGACCUUUUAAGUGCUGUGUUGUUAAUGGCACCUGUGAUAACAUGUCUUAGUUUUUAUAAAGGAUUAGGUAUUGUUUCAAAAUACAAUUCUAGUUUGCACCGAGAUCAAAGGCAUUUCUGCUUGGUUCUCUGCCACCUUUCCAAACACCAUCCUGGUUCUGUUCAGGGCCAUCCUCUUCUAAACAUUACGCUCUCCACUCACAUAGCAUGUGGAGCAUGACAGGCCCUUUGGGAUGAGACUGUGUAGUCUGCUUGUACGUGCUCUCUGUAUGCAAAUACUGGGGAAAUAUGAUGAUUAGUUGAGACCAGCUGAUUAUAGAGGACAUUAGCAUAUUAACGCAUUAUUGCUGAAGGCACUUUAAUAAUUCAUUAGUUGUGUCCCUGUUCCCAUUCUGCUGCUUUAUAAGAAAACGCCAUGCUAUGCUCAUGUAUACUAAAUGCAGAUGAGGAAAGAGCUGGUCUUGGAACUUAGCUUUACACAAGUGCAGUGAAGGCUGAUAUAUCCUGAAACUAAGCCACAAGCACAUGACUCAGGAUGGCAGACCCACCCUUCAGAAAGGGAUGGUCACUUAUGGCUUAAAAAAAAUGAGUUUACCUGCUUCCUGUGAAGCUCAACUUUGGCAUGGAACUGGUUGGGUGGAGGGAAGGGACAUGUAGAGCUAUUGCACUUUUUGUUCAUUUUUGCUGAUGUCAACUACUCGGGCUAUUCGUUUUGUACCAUGGAAGGCUCUGCAUUUUAACCUCAGCAGAGUGUUAAAGCCACACUGCAGCAGAGGGCCAGGCAGAACUGAAGAACAGCAUGAUAACUGAACAUGGGCUGGAAAGCCUAGCAAUGGAGCUAGAAAUUUAGGCAACCACAUCUACACGUAAGGACAAAUUUACAGAGCAUGUGUACGUCCAUAAAUAAAGCUGUUGCUCAAGUGCUCUGUGCCUCAGUCCAGGGAGCGCAUCUAGGAGGCAAUAGCAAUGCACUGACUAACAGGGAAGCAAUGGCAAUAGUCUGCUCUCUGCAGGUUCUUGCAAACAAAAAGGUUAAAAGAAGCUCAUGUUUUAGGGCACUGGAAACAAUAGCAGGAGGGGAGCAUCGCCUGUUACAACUGUAAGAACUUAGAAACUGCAGGCAAAUAUUCCUGCGUGCCUGUUUUGCUUUGCCUGUAUAUUUACCAAGUAGUCCAUCAAAAGUUAUAGGGCAACCAUUUAAGGUGAGAUUCUAGGUCACAUACCAUGGCGUGCUCAUGCAGUCUUGCUACUCGGCUCAAGCCGACUUGGCCUUCAGAAUGAAGGCCCCUCUCAUCUGUUAGCAAGCCAGCAGUCCUGCUUCUCAGAAGCCCAAGAGAAGGGAUCGCCAUUGUGAUAAACGUGGCACGUUCAUUCUUUUCCCUAGGAAAAGUAAUUAAUUGAUUUGUUCUCAGCUGCUUAGAAACUGGGAUUUCAGUCAUUUUCUUACUAUUAUUACCUAGCACGCUUAUUACUGUUUGUUACCAAAUUUUGGACACAAGACAUGCUGUAAGAGCGGCUACUGCCUUUAGCUGAGCACCCACCAUCCUUCUCUGCUCAUUUUGCAGAUGAUACUUAAAAAAAAACAAAUUAAAAAAAACCCAAACAAACAAAAAACACCUCACAGGCCAAACCAAUAAAACCCAGCACUAAGCUUGUUUGUUAUGUGAGUGGCAGUUUAACAUGCUAGAAGACUGGUGAAUCAUGCUGAAGCAACAUAGUUCUUUCCUUAAAAGAUGCCACAGA